AUGCGUUUGGCGCCCUUUUAUUAUUAUUAUUAUUUAUUUAUUUAUUAUUAUUUUUUUUUGCAGGCUACAUGUAUAUGUAUAUUCACCUGUAUGCAGCCAAGAUAUCAUACGCCCAGUUCUUUUUCCUCGAGGAUUAGCGGCGAGAAGUCUGAUGGCUCUGCCUCAGAACCACGCGACGCUGCGGACUCCCACUUGAGUUCCUUUGCGUCCCGUAUGCUUUUGCAUGUUCUUUCCGGUCGUGCUAUGAAAACUCAGCUCGACGACGGCCUUGCGGAAUGGAUGGAAGGCGACAACUCGGUGGAGUUCGGUAGUUGUGACGAUGACGAUGAUGACAAAUACGACUUUGGCGAUAACUCGAACGUCAUUUCUUUGACGGCGGUUUCAUUGACGCCGUCCAUGUCUGUUUCUUCCAUUGCCCGCGCCGAGCAAAUACUUCAGAAGAGUGUGCCGCUUGUUAAUGGCGGACGGCACAUUGCACUCACAACAGAGGACGUGAGGCGCAUUCGCGACAAGGAGUUGCUGCGUUUCUUGCAGGCAAACUCUUCCAUGUUUGUAAAGUACCUCCAGCGUCAGAGGGAGCAUGCACCCACGGCGACAGACGCAGCCGUACCACCGUCAACCGACGACGCAAAGAAGGAAUCCACGGUCAUUGAACAAGAGCUAAGCACACUCGCCAAUAGGAUUGAGACGUUCAUCACGGCCUUUGACAGCGACGGGGAGGAAUAUCAUAUAUGUGUUGACAGCGAGGGCAACGUUCUUGUGCCGGUGGCCGCGGAAGAAGAGGAAGAUCGGCUCAGCACGGUUGCGGUGACGGAUGCGGAUGAGGGGGAGGACGAGGCUGAUGUUGUCGAUGAUGGUCGUGACGGAGAGGAGGAGGAGAGGGAGAGGGAAAACACGGCGGAAGUUGAAGAGGCGUUUGUGCAUCGCACCGAAAUUGCAGAGAGCGAACUGGAGGGGGGCGCGGGCGAAGGGAAUCGUGUGGCGCCAACUGCCUCCGCCGAGCAGACGGAGUCGCAUGUGGAAAAGGCAGAGACAAGUGGCGCAGCGCCUCGUCGAGGACGCUUUGGUCGCCGCGUGCGUGUGUCCUUGCCGUCCCCUGCUGCUGCAAAGAAAUUCUUGUCUUUACAAUCAUCAUCAUCAUUGCAGCAGCAGCAGCCUGAGCAUCCGGAGAAAAAAAAGAAGGGUCUGGCGGGGGCAAAGAAACGCCCUCUGCCGACAGGAAGGCAGCCAUCGCUGCCGGUGCGAGGCAUUGGUCUCAGCGGGGAGCAGAACCAGCGGAUUAAAGAGAUCAUGUGCACAGAUUUUACGGCAGAGCUGUCACCUUACCGCGCGGUGCCAACGGAGCGUCUUGCGGCGUUGGAAGAGCGACUUCGAUGGUUUCAAGAGGUCCGCGGCCCAAUUGGCGCUGAAAGUAACAACGCCAACAGCAGUGACAAUGAUGAUGAGUAUGAGGAUGAAAGGUUAGCAGCGAUGGCAGCGGAGGAAGUUUCCUUGUCCCCACGACCACCAUCACCGCCACAACCACGACAGAGAACGGCUCGAGAGAUUGGUGAUGCUUAUAUGCGAGAGGCGCGUGAGCAACGGAUAUUUGAGUCUCGAAUGCGUUCGAUCAAUGCACGGCUGUCGAAACUGCAUGAUUCGCUGCGUAUGGAGGCGUUACUUCCUACAGCGGGGGUGGAACGGUUCGCUGGCGUGCCGCCUCCCGUUUGGUUGCGCGAUGUGCCUCCUCCUUUGAGCGAAGAUGACAUUGCUUCCAUGCUUGAGGUUGCACGCCGCGAGAAUGCCGUGGCGGUGGAAAAGGGCGAAGCGGCGGCGUCACAUGGCGGGGACAGGGAUGUCGCCUAUCUUCAGGAGAAGCUUCAACACGCACUCCGCCGGGCUGAGUCAAUUGUGGCUUCUUUUCCCUCUUUGCCUUCUUCUCCGGAUGUGUUGUGA